GAAAAUGUCUGAGGACGUCACAGUUUGAGUUCAAUAAGUAAGUGCCAUUCUUUCAAUAUAAAAUUCAUGUGAAAUGGGGGAAUACAAGAGCACAGGAGCUGUCGUACCGACCAGUUGCACUUGCAAAUCUCCUGCCAGUGAAGUUGAUUUACAUCAGGUCGAUGAUGUUGGUGCAGAGCCUGAUAUUUUGAAUGUAAAGCAUGACGUGAGUCCCAACUUCCACAGUAAAAGAGCGCUAGUGUCAGGGCCUCUAACUGAACUGGGAAAAAAGAUAAUAUCGGAGCUUUGCAAGCAAGGAGCCAAGGUGAUUGCCUUGGGCGGUCAGCUGGAGGAACUUUCAAUUCUGAAGAACGCACAUCCGCAGAUUCAAGUGAUUCCGGUAGACCUAAGAAAUUGGAAACAGACCGAAGAAGCCUUAAGUGAAAUUCCCGCUGUUGAUUUUCUGGUCAACUGUGCGGAAUUCAAUGCGAUCGACAGCGUGGUCGAUGUUAAGGAAGAAGAUGCCGAUAAAAUUUUGGAUAUCAAUUUGAAAGCAGUCAUCAACGUCUCAAGAUUAAUUGCCAAAUCCUUCAUCAAGCACUCCAUAAGAGGGUCAAUCGUGAACGUUUCAUCGCAAGCUUCGAAAAUAGGCCUAAGGAAACAAUCCCUCUUCUGUGCCUCCAAAGCUGGACUGGACGGGUAUACAAGAGCUGCUGCAUUGGAACUUGCUUCCUUAGGGAUCCGCAUCAACUGCGUCAAUCCUACGGUUUUGACGACGGAGUUGAAGGAGAACAUCUGGUCUGAUGUGAGAAUGAGUGAAGCACUGCUUUCCAGAAUACCUCUGAAGAAAUUUUGCAAACUGCAAGAAGUGGUUGAUGCUAUCAUAUUCCUCCUAAGCGAUAAUGCAUCUUUCAUAACAGGGAUAUGCCUGUCCAUCGAUGGGGGUAUAUCGUCUUCUUGAAGGUCGAUAUAUGAAGUUGUGUAUUUCCAUGCCAUAUCGAGAAUAAAGUCAUCUAUCGUUA